CCUUAACUCUAUGGGCGCCUGGAAAUAAGCGAAGCAAUCGUUCCGCUUCGAGGCCGUUGAGAACCGCGGCCAAUGGCUUUCUCCCAUUUCUAUUCAGACGGUGUGUCGCUCUGCAAUGCCUACUCUAUGGUCGCGGGCCUCCGAAAUGCAUGGUGACGUCACCACCCCUCCUUGCGCGACCUUCCUUCGAACCCUUCCCUAUAGACUUCGUGCCUGAAAUGAUCGGAGGAACGGGAUCGAAAACACGCCCCAUGUAACAGAGUCAUGGCUGCUGUGAGUUUUGAAGAAUUUUCGGUGCCUCCUGGCUCAGAGCUGGCAUUGCCCCCUCUUUUUGGUGGAAAUAUCCUAGAAAGUGAAUUAGAGACUGAGGUGGAAUUUGCUGAUGGCGGGAUACCAGAAGAAGAGGAGGAGGAGGGUAUGUUGCGGCAACAGGAGAUGACUCGACGCAAGUGUCAAGUGCUUGCCCGACGAUGCAAGGAGUUAGAGCAGGUGAAUGAGAGAAUGUUAAACCGGCUCCAUCAGGUCCAGAGAAUAACGCUGCGUCUCAAACAGGAAAGGAGGUUUCUCAUGAGAGUUUUGGAUUCCUAUGGUGACGAUUACAGACAAGGCCACCUUGAUAUUGUCUUGGAGGAGGAAGGGAUCCAUGGUGCAGAUGUUCCAACACCUGGCCAUGCAGAGAAUGAGCCCUGUGCGAAAGAAACCCCCAGGUGCCUGCCUGCCCCAGAGCCAGAGAGCCUCUCCCCUAGCGAAGGCCCCAUCAGCAAGAAGCGGCGACGUCACUUGCGAGAGGAGAAGGAAGGGAGGAUGCGGCGAGCAGCCCCAACAUUGCUGCCCAUGGAGGAAUUUCCUGUGCAGAUAAAAUCUGAAGAGGAUUUCCAGUGUGAACAGGAUGAUGUUCUCGCCCCUGCCUGGCAGCAAUCCAGUCCCCAGGACAAGUUACUCCAUUACUCAAAGUUUUCCAGCCCUGGUGCCUGUUCCGAUUUUGACUGAGGCUGGCCAGUCAUCUAAGGGAAGCAUACGUACCCAUAUAGCAGUUACCUCCCUCCUGGGGUAGACUGGCCAUCAGGUGCCUGAGAAGAUGAAAAUUCCUUGCUGGUGUCUUUUUUCCUUGGAGUAUCAACCCAGAUUUAAGGAACAGCAGGAUAUUGACUCCAUUUGACUCCUCGACACUAACCUGGUCAAAGCUGAUCUGAAAUAUGAGUGAGCUGCUAGGGUGGGGGGUGCUAGAAGAAGAAAUGAAUUGUGAUGAGACUUUAGCAAGGAGCAAAACUUUGGAGUCAUUGUGUAAUCAUAUUCAAUGACUUAGCUUCAGUCAUUGGCCUGAGUUGAGCAAUGGACUCAAAUGGACUCCUAUGUCCAUAAACUUUAAAUGGGGCAGUAAGUAUUUGAGCAGAAACACUUGUACAUGUUCAGAGUUGAGGGAAGGCCCUUACGAGAGGUCAGAGUGUUCAGCCUUUCCGCACUUACCCUUCUGGAAUCUGGAUUUGUAAUUCUGGUGGGUGUGGGAAAGGGAAAAGUAGUUCUUGUGCAUUAGAAAGUGCACAGAAACAGUUGUCACUGUGUUUGGCGUUUUCUGUGGAUGUUCGUAGCUGGCAAACCAAGUGCUGGGAGAAGACUGACCUCUUCUAACCUUGAAGAGUUUUAGGAGUGUCUUGAUCGAUGGCAUCAUGAGACCCAGCUUGAUCAAAAGGCCAAUUGAGUGUGUAUUAAAGGAAAUCAUUUCUGUGCCAUUGA